AUGGCAAGAAGAAAUGUCCUCAUUACAGGUUGCUCCUCAGGAAUUGGACUGGCUUUAGCUGUAAAAAUGGCAAAAGAUGAACAGAAAAGAUUUCAAGUGUAUGCCACAAUGCGGAAUCUGGCCAAGAAAGAGCCACUCGAGGAAGCUGCAGGUCGCAGGCUGGGCAAAACCCUGGAAAUUAAACAACUGGAUGUCUGUGAUGAACAAUCUAUUAAAAGUUGUGUGAAUAGUAUCCCUGACAGAAGGAUUGAUGUCCUAGUUAGCAAUGCUGGAAUGGGGCUCAUUGGACCUAUUGAAUGUCAGACCAUAGAUGAAAUGAAAACUGUGAUGGAUACCAACUUCUUUGGAUUGGUUCGACUUCUGAAGGAGAUUUUGCCUGACAUGAAGAGGAGAAAGAGCGGGCAUAUAGUUAUAAUAAGCAGUGUUAUGGGAAUACAAGGUAUCUUAUUUAAUGAUGUUUAUGCUGCAUCUAAGUUUGCUGUGGAAGGAUUCUGCGAAAGUUUAGCUAUACAAGCACUCAAGUUCAAACUACAGUUAAGUUUGAUUGAACCAGGCCCAGUGGUUACAGAGUUUGAAAGAAAAGUAUUUGAAGAUGGAAUGAAAAUGGAUCUUUCAGCUGCAGAUGAGGAAACAGCUGAGAUGUUUACUAAUAUUUACCUUAAAAAUUACAAACAAAUUUUCCAGAGCCUGGGACAAAGUGCUGAAGAUGUUGCAGAGCAUACAGUAAAGAUAAUUCUUGCAGAAAAUCCACCUUUUCGCCAUCAGACCAACACCUUGUAUACUCCGAUGACAACCCUGAAAUACGCAGAUCCAAAUGGGGAUCUACCCAUUGAUAUAUUCUACAAAAUGGUUUUUCAUCAUGACAAAAUCUUCAGUGCAAGUCUUAACUUUAUCAAAUUGCUAAGGUGGAGAAGUAGAAAGAGCUUUGACCUGGGAAAACCCUCACAAUAA